AUGCUAAUAGAGGAGAUAGAGUUUUAUAACGUCAACGGAAAAAAAACAACAACAGUUGUUCCUGAAAAUACAAAAAUAAAAAAAAGAGUACUAAAUGAUAGGAGGACAUUAUAUGUCGGCAAUCUUCCUAAAAACUGCCGUAAACAGGACUUGAGAGAUUUGUUUGAGCCAAAUUAUGGUAAGAUAACAAUAAAUAUGCUAAAGAAAAAGCCACUCAAGAAACCGCUGAAAAGGUUUGCAUUUAUAGAAUUUCAAGAGGGUGUGAAUCUGAAAAAAGUGAAAGAGAAGAUGAACGGUAAAAUUUUUAUGAAUGAAAAAAUUGUUAUUGAAAACAUCUUAACAAAAGAGGAAAAAAGUUUUGAAAAAAACCAGAAAUCAAACAAGAAAACUGCUCCUGAUCUCAAGCCACUAUCCACAAAUACUCUCUAUGUGAAAAACAUUCCCAUGAAAUCGACAAAUGAAGACCUUGCCAAAAUCUUUGGUGUUGACCCUAAAAAUAUAAACUUUGUAAGAAGAGAAUUGGUGGAUUUGAGAACAAACAAAGUUUUCUUUUCCGACGAGUUUCACACCGGCGAAGCCUUCAUCAAGUUUGACAACCUGGGGACUGGAGAUAGUAUUCAAAAGAAAUGUCGAGAAUUUAAAGGUCGGAAGGCAAGUAAUGGUAGAGUAUUGUUGGUUAAGAUAGCCUCUGCCAAGAAAAAUGAACAGAAACAAGAAGGAGGAGAUAAUACAAAAAUAAAACAAAAUUAA